GUGCCCAAAAUUUCGGGAUAUGAAAAUGUUAUCCCGGGAACAUUAUAAAGAUUUGUGUCAACAUAUCAACACGUUGAUUAAUGCAGAGAAAAUCAACAGAGAUGUGAUUGAGCAAAAGUCUUUAAACAACUCACCAUCUAACUCGUGCUCAACCGAUAGAGUAGUAAAUAAAGAAACUACAGAGGUGGUAGAUACGUUUUUGGACUUCUCUCUAUGGGAGGCUGACAAUGCGUAUUCUGAUGCUAGCGCCGAAGUUGACGAGCUAAAAAAAUACCUAGAUCCGAAAUUAUGUAUUGAUGACGAUAAUAUUUUAAAAUGGUGGAAAACAAACCAUUAUGAGUUUCCAAAUUUAAGUAUUUUAGCUCUUAAAUUCCUGGCUAUCCCUGCUUCGUCGGCUAGCAGUGAAAGGGCGUUUGCAGCUGCUGGUAGGGCCUUUGAGGAGAGAAGGACUCGUUUAAAGCCAGAUAAACUGGACGCCUCUUUAUUUAUAUAUCAUAAUUAUUCACUUUGUGAUAAUUUUGAUAAUGAUAUUGAUGAGGUCAAUAUAAUAUAAUAUGUUCAUUAUAUUUUUUAUAUAUUUAUUAACUUUUAUAUCAUAUCUAUAUUCGCAUAAAUGAUGCUUAUUGUAUUAUAUAAUCGUUAUAAUUUUUAAAUUCGCUUGUAUAUUAAUCGUUUUAUAAUAUUUUU